AUGAAGCGCUGCUGUUGCAGAGCAGCCCCGCUGCUCGCGCUCCUCGGCAUCGCACGCGGCAGGCCUGUCGGUUCUAUGCGAGGAGGCGGUGGGACGUCCUUCCUCUCAAACAUGUGCCGACUCCGCGGCGGGCAGCACGGCGCCGCCGCGGGCGAGACGCAAAUCUUCGAGACGGUCGUCAGCAGUGAGGUGACGCGGGUGGCCACAUCGCCGUUCGAGGGGCAGAAGCCGGGCACGUCCGGGCUGCGCAAGAAGACGUCCGUCUUCCUCCAGCCGGGCUACCUCGAGAACUUCAUCCAGAGCCUCUUCGACUCGCUGCCCGAUGGCGAGCUACGUGGCGCCACACUCGUCGUCUCGGGCGACGGGCGGUACGGGAACGCGGCGGCGGUGCAGAUCAUCUGCAAGAUGGCGGCUGCGCACGGCGUCGCGCGUGUCUGGGUCGGGCGCGACGGGCUCCUCUCGACGCCCGCCGCCUCGUGCGUGAUCCGCGAGCGCGAGGGCGGCGUCGCGUGCGGCGGAGUGAUCCUCAGCGCGUCGCACAACCCGGGCGGGCCAGACGCAGACUUUGGCAUCAAGUACAAUGUGCGCAACGGCGGGCCGGCACUCGAGUCGCUGACGGAGGAGGUGUACGAGCGGUCAACGCAGAUCCGCGAGUACGCGAUUGUGGCGGGGCUGCCGGACGUGGACCUGUCGCUCGAGGGGCGGCACGUGUUUGUGGACGAGAAGGGCGGCGCCCCGCACUUUGAGGUGGAGGUGAUCGACCCUACCGAGGACUAUGUGGCGCUGAUGGCGUCUCUCUUCGACUUCGACGCGCUGCGCAGCCUGCUCCGCCGUCCCGACAUGAGCUUGGUCUUCGACGGCAUGCACGGCGUGGCCGGCCCGUAUGCGCGCGCGAUCUUCGGCGCGCUCGGCGUCGCGGACGAGGCGCUGCCCCGCCCAUUCGCCGGAGCCAUACCAGCCGCGCUUCUCAACUGCAUCCCGUCCGAGGACUUUGGCGGCGGCCACCCCGACCCCAACCUGACCUACGCCGCCGCCCUCGCCAAGCUCAUGGGCCUCACCGGCCAGCCUGCGGGCGGGGAGCCUCCGGUGCUCGGUGCUGCGGCCGACGGCGACGACCGACUGCAGCGCGGCCGUGACAGAGUGCGCGGGAGGGCCUCCUGGAGCCUCUUCUCGGACGCCGUAGGCGACGCGGACCGAAACAUGAUUGUCGGCCGCCGCUUCUUCGUCACGCCCUCCGACUCGCUGGCGGUGAUUGCGGCCCACGCGCACGCGCUGCCUUGGCUCGCCCGGCAGGGCGGCUUGCGCGCUCUCGCCCGCUCGAUGCCGACAUCGGGCGGCCGGCCGAGGCUGGGCGAGGGGCGCGCCGUCGACCGCGUGGCGGAGGAGCUCGGGCUGCCCCUCUUCGAGACGCCGACCGGCUGGAAGUACUUUGGCAACCUAAUGGACUCGCACCUGCUCGGCGGCGCAGACCUCUCGCCCCUCCUCUGCGGCGAGGAGUCGUUUGGCACGGGCUCGUCCCACAUCCGCGAGAAGGACGGGCUGUGGGCGGUGCUCUGCUGGGCGUCGAUCCUGGCGCACCACAACGUUGACACGCCCGAGGGGCAGCUGGUCGGCGUCGAGGAGAUGGAGGGCGGCGGUGACGGAGGCAAGGCGCGAGGCGGCGGCGGCGGCGGCGGCGGCGGCGGCGGAGGCGGCGGCGGCGGCGGCGGCGGCGAGAACGGCGGCACCGAGUUGUCUCGGUGA